CUGUCCAAUUGUUUCUUUCAAUUUGGUUGUUGUACUUCUCCACAAAUUACCUAAAUCAUGUCCAGCAACGAAGCCGGCAGUGGAAACCUAAUGGACGAAUUUGAGGAGGCAUUUCAAUUGUGCCUUCUGUCGCUCACCAAACAGGAACCGAAUUCGGGUACCAAUAAAGAAGAAAUCGAGCUAGAAGUCCAGAAGACCACAAAUCGUUUCAUCGAUGUUGCCCGACAAAUGGAAGCCUUUUUCCUGCAGAAACGCUUCCUGGUGUCCACUCUUAAACCGCAUAUGCUUAUCAAGGACGAGAAUCAGGACUUACACCACGAGAUCCAGCGCAAGGAUGCUCUGCUCCAGAAGCACUACAAUCGCUUGGAAGAAUGGAAAGCCUGCCUCUCCGACAUACAGCAGGGCGGCCAUAGUCGUCCCUCGCCUUCGAUUAUGCAGAUACCAGGUGGACCCAUUAUGCCACAGGGUGGACCACGGCCAGGCAUGAUGGGGCCGGGCAUGCCACCAGGUGGCAUGUCACCAAGUCAGCAACAAUUGCUGCAAGCCCAGCAGAUGCAGCAACUCCGCAUGAUGGGCAAACUGCCGCCCAAAUGAUAGCACCAUUUCACAACUCUUCCCGUAUUCCUCCUUUCCCUUAGCAUGUAAAUGUCUCUAAUUAUAGUUACAAUAAACAAUAUCUAUAUGUCAAA